CUCGAGUCUUUUUUCAUGCAUACCAGAGUGUUGACAUCUGCCUAUUAUUGCAACGGCUGCAUUACCGCUAGCUACAGGAGCAAAAGGGCUGCACACGUACAUUGUUCCGUACUGUUUUUUCUAGUGUUCAACCAUAGAGCGCUGACUCCACGCAUGAAUGAGGCUUCGGCCUUUAGACCUUACACAUCGCCACACGCAUCGUCAGUGGGUCAAGAUACACGCAUCAGACAGAUAGACAGACAGAGAGGCAGGAAUGCACGGCACACACACACACACGUAUCAGUCCGUCCUGCCAUUCUGCAUGACAUACCCUCACAGGCAGGCAGGCAGGCAGGCAGGCAGACACCGCAGUGGCACGACAUAGAGAUACACAUCUUCAAAGCACUCGCUUGGUACGUACGCACGCAAAAGUCACACAUAGAGGCAGGUAAGGAGAACACACACACGCAUACACAAGGCAGGCAACUUAAAGCAAGCACGCAUCAGUCGGUGUAACAAUAGGCAGGCAGAUAAACCCAAAAUCACACCCACACCCACUUCAACGCUCAUUUCAAAUAUAGACCUCGCUUCUACUUGUAUACCAACACACAUCUGGCUCAUCGUCCUUCCACAAUCCUCGAUAGAUACUGCCACUCAGCUAAGUCAUCUCUCCCUACCCCCUCACACCGGUCGUGGAAGACCGUUCUUCCACUGACCUUCGUAGAGCAAGCCAUACGGUGAAGUCAGCUUCCCCUGUCCAUCAUUCUUACCGCCCUUAAACUGGCCCUCGUAGACACAGCCGUCCGGCGAAGUCAACUUCCCCUCUCCAUCAUACUUGCCGUCCUUGAACUGGCCUUCGUAGACAAAGCCGUCCGGCGAAGUCAGCUUCCCUUGCCCCUCGAGCUUGCCAUCCUUCACCCAGCCUUCAUAAACCUUACCGUCCGGCAAAGUCAGCUUCCCUUGUCCUUUGCUUUUGCUAGAUUCGCCGUUCUUCCACUGGCCGUCCCAGACCUUGCCAUCCGGCCCAGUCUCCUUCCCCUCUCCGUCAGGCUUGCCGUCCUUGAACUGCCCAUCGUAGACCCAGCGGUCCGGCCAAGUCAUCUUCCCCUGUCCCUCAAACUUGCCGUCCUUGAACUGGCCUUGGUAGACCCUGCCGUCCGGCCAAAUCAGCUUCCCCUGUCCCUCGCGCUUGCCAUUCUUCCACUGGCCUUUGUAGACCCAGACGUCCGGCAGAAACUCCUUCCCAUCUCCAUCAGGCUUGCUGUCCUUCCACUGGCCUUCAUAGAAACUAUUGUCCGGCCGAGUCAUCUUCCCCUGUCCCUCGCGCUUGCCAUUCUUCCACUGGCCUUCGUAGACAACACCGUCCGGCCCAGUGUCCUUCCCUUCUCCAUUCGGCUUGCCAUCCUUGAACUGGCCUUCGUAGACCCUGCCGUCGGGCGAAGUCAGCCUCCCCUGUCCCUCUUUGCCGUCCUUGAACUGGCCUUCGUGGACCCAGCCGUCUGGGUAAGCGAAAACGAACUGGACAAAGCUUGAAGGACCCUCAGAGGGAGCGUUCCGGGGGGAAGCGGGCCUCUCGGUCAUCAGCGAAGAAUGGGGGAGCGGAGAAGAGAUGGAGGCCGAUAGAGAGGGGAGAAGACGCAAGGGACGAGAGGGGGAAGCAACGGAUUGGCAGAUGCGGGUCAGAGGGGCGACGAGGGUGCCGAGAGGGGAUGAUGGCAGGUCGAAACGAUAGCAAAAGCUGAUGUGUGCGCCAGGGUUGCAAACCCAGAAACAGUUGGAGAAUCAGCAGUAGCUCGGGGUAGCGAGUAGGAAUGUGACGAAGCCAGAAGAAGCAUUCAGUGACGACAGAGGUCUCAUGGACACGCAAGCUUGGGUCUACAAGCAUCUCAUACUCAUGUCUCGUAGAUCUUGUGCGUGUAACUCCUUAUCGCUCUAACUCCCCCUCUCGCUCGUCAGCUUGUCCUUUCGCGUUGCUGUCGAGCGCUCAUCAUGAAGGUGUUGGCGGUCAGCGAGAUCACCGAGAAAGAAAAAGACGAGGUGCUUUUUCGGCUGUUUGUCAGCUCACAACAGCUCGUCAAGCCAUGCGGAUGACGCUUGGAGAGAUGGGAGGCAUCUCGUGCUCUUGCUACCACCUCCGCAUCACCACACGGCUUGGCACGGCACUCACAUGCAUAUCAUGAACAUGUAAGUGUGUUUUUCUGCUAUUCUGGCUGGCUGUCUGCCUCAUCUGUCUGCCUGUCCUGCCUGCCUGUGCCUUUUCUAGGUCCAGACUCGGCUGCAGCAGAAGAUACGCACACAUGUAAGCAUGUGUCAGUUGUCUUUGCUUCAUUUGUUGGCUUCAGGGCUUGUGACGAAGCGCCACGGAAGCAUCCUGAAGACAAUGCUGCUGGUAUGUCUGCAGCUUGAGCUGACCAUUCUUGGGCCGCUCUGCUUUCACAGACAUCAGCUACUUACCUGAUGGUCGAUGGCGCUUUUUGUGUGCCCCUUUUUCGCUCUUUUCCUUCCCUAUACGGUCACCGACGGUGGGCUUUGCUUACCUGUGUUGGCUUACCUUUCUCCCCCUCUUGACCGUAUAGGUGAGCGAGGCACUUAGAAGCACAUGACGUGGCAAACAUCCAUGCCAGCUUACUGAGUCAGAUAGAACAGCCCUGCAUGAGAACUGGUCUGAGCCAGUUUCUCGAACCACAAGAGAGACUGCAGGCCAUACGGAUAUUCACGGCCACGUGAGGGUGUACAGUUCUCGCGAGUCGUGAUGUCCGUGCACACAUGGCUGCUCUCAAUCUUCCUACCUUCUAGAUAGGUGGCUCUUGCCUCACACAGUACCUCUCUGUGUCUGUGGCGAUUCUGAGGGCUAUCUCAGUCAUCCCUUGCUCUUACCAUUGCAUCGCUCUGUGCCUUGUGUGUCUAUAAACACACAGUGACAUCGGCAUGCAAUGGGUAAGUCAACCACAUUUGUUUUGUUAGACAUCUGUGAUGUCUUUUUGGUGUGCGGCUCGACCUAGCUGUCUGUCUUUAGUGCAGCGAGCGAACACACACAUGUGUCUAGACAAGCUGAGACCGCAUCAGGCCAGCUGCGCUUUUUGUGCGCUGUGCUGUUAUUGCUUUGCCUAAUGCCCCCUCUGAGCUCAAUGCCCAAGGAGUGAGCCAGCAAUUGAGAGUCAGGCUAGGUUUUCGAUGAACCCACUUAGGACGCAGAGCAUCAUCAAUGCAUUUUGUGUAUGCAUGCGACACUCCACCGUGCGCUGGUCCGUGACUCAAUGCUGUACAUGUUUGAUUUUGCGUGAGGGACAUCUGGACUUUGAAAUAGAGGUGACGAAUCACUUGGUGCAGCCAUGGCACAUGCUCUUUGACUGCAUCUGAGCAAUCACAUCACUCUCUAAGUCCUUUCCCUCUCACACGCACUGUCAAAGUGUUCCUUGAUCAAAAUUAUGACUGCAUGCAGACCAAUUACUCAUGGAAUCGAUCAGCAGCAGAUCACUUUUCUCUCAGUCAGUUCUUUCUCAGCCCUCAUCAAUCAAUGCACACCUGUCAUCCAUCGAUCAACCAGCCGGCAGACCAAUCGACCAACUGACGGCAAGAUAGCACUGAGUGAGUGACGAGAAGACAGAGAGAAAAAUACUUCUGUACAUACACAGACGUACAUGACGUCCAUAUGUAUACAUACACGCAGCGUCACUUCCAUCAGCCCCCUCUGUCUUGGUGAGCUCUUGGGUGGCCAGCUAGUGCGCUUUUGUCUUGUAGAGCCUCAUUCGUCGAGCUCAGAUCCAUCGUCACUCUCUCGCAUCUCUUGCAACAUACGGCCGAGCACUCGACAUUCAUCUGUCGUGUGAUUGAACAGUGGACGUUCUCGUCGUGUCGAGCAGAGACGGCAGAAUAGCUGCAAGCGCUCUUGGGCGGCACCAGCAAGGGGCAGUGAUGCCACAGUUGAUGCUCCCUGUCCUGUAUUGUAUCCGGACAGGGUGUGCGGGUCAGAUGGACCAUGCGUACCGUCACCGAGCUCCGCAAUAAUGCGGGCGGCCAUACGGCGCAUUUUUUCGUAGGUGAAGUCCACCUGCCCGAUGAACACACUCCACAGAAAAGCGCACAUUGGGUUCGCUCUAUGAGCACCCAGACGCACGAUCAUCUUUUGUACGACGUCGUCUUUUGUGCGCCUUUCUGUACCAUAUGCCUUGUUGACGGCAAGUGAGAGACGGACAAGGUCUCCAAGAUUAUCCAUGAAGGCCUUGUUCUCGUCAUUAUCCCACCUGUCGUA